AUGGCAGACAAAAUCACCCGUAUUGCCAUCGUCGAUUCCAACCGAUGCAAGCCGAAGCGAUGUGCGCAGGAGUGUAAGAAGUCGUGUCCGGUCGUGAAGAUGGGCAAGCUCUGUAUAGAGGUCAAGCCUACUGACAAGAUCGCGUUCAUCUCUGAGUUCCUGUGUAUUGGUUGUGGUAUCUGUGUGAAGAAAUGUCCAUUUGAAGCCAUAGCCAUCAUUAAUCUCCCGACGAAUCUCGACUCGCAAGUGACCCAUCGCUAUACUGCCAACUCCUUCAAACUUCACCGAUUGCCAACACCACGACCAGGACAAGUGCUAGGACUUGUUGGAACCAACGGUAUUGGGAAGAGUACAGCAUUAAAAAUUCUGGCGGGUAAACUCAAGCCUAAUCUCGGCCGUUAUGAUGAUCCGCCGGACUGGCAAGAGAUUCUCAAGUACUUCCGUGGCUCAGAGCUGCAAAAUUACUUUACCAAGGUUCUCGAGGACAACCUGAAGGCGCUGAUCAAGCCGCAAUAUGUUGAUCAUAUUCCCCGUGCUAUCAAGGGUAAAUUGACUGUAUCUCAGAUGCUUGAUUCAAAGCUGGAGAGGGACAAUAAGCAGAAGAUGUGUGACGAUCUAGAGCUCAACGAGGUCUUGACGCGAGAGGUGUCGCAACUCUCUGGUGGUGAGCUUCAACGUUUCGCAAUCGCGAUGUCUUGUAUCCAGCAGGCCGAUGUAUACAUGUUCGACGAACCGUCCAGUUACUUGGAUAUCAGACAGCGAUUAAAGGCCGCUGAAGUCAUUCGCGAGCUGCUGUCACCAGGCAACUACGUUGUUGCUGUCGAACAUGAUCUGUCUGUGCUCGAUUAUUUGUCUGAUUUUAUCUGCUGUCUCUAUGGAAAGCCUUCUAUGUACGGUGUUGUGACGAUGCCGUACUCUGUUCGUGAAGGGAUAAAUAUUUUCCUGGACGGAUUCAUCCCCACAGAGAACUUACGAUUCCGCGAGGAGUCGCUCUCUUUCAAGAUGGUCGAGACUGCGGAGGAGCUGAUCGUGGACAAGACCCGACAUUACUCAUAUCCCUCUAUGACAAAGACGCUUGGAGGCUUUAAAUUGACAGUAGAAGGAGGUAGCUUCACUGACUCUGAAAUUAUCGUAAUGCUUGGCGAGAACGGGACGGGGAAGACGACGUUUGUGCGCUUGCUGGCGGGCGAGACGCCUGACGAGGAGACAGAUAAACAGACGUUAUCGGUAUCACUGAAGCCACAGGCGAUCUCUCCUUCUUUCCCUGGAACUGUGCGCAUGCUAUUGUUGAAACGGAUCAAAGCUGCGUUCAUGCACCCGCAAUUCAAUACAGACGUCGUAAAGCCCAUGAAUCUGGAUAAUAUCUUGGAUCAAGAAGUGAAAACAUUAUCAGGAGGAGAGCUUCAACGUGUAGCCAUCGUACUCGCACUAGGAAAGCCAAACGUUGCCGUAUAUUUGAUCGAUGAACCGAGCUCGUUCCUCGACUCUGAACAACGUAUCAUUGCCAGCAAGGUUAUCAAGCGCUUCAUCCUUCAUGCGAAAAAGACUGCUUUUGUUAUUGAGCACGAUUUCAUCAUGGCUACAUACUUGGCGGACCGUGUCAUUGUCUUUGAAGGACAGCCAGCUGUCGCAGCAACAGCAACACCACCGCAAUCACUUUUGACUGGUAUGAACAAAUUCCUGGCAUCUCUCGAGAUCACAUUCAGGAGAGACCCGACGAAUUAUCGGCCGCGUGUGAACAAAUUGCACAGUAUCAAGGAUAGGGAACAGAAGGCGUCUGGAAACUACUUCUUCCUGGAGGAAUAA